AUGACCAGACAAGAGGCCCCAGACAUCGCCAUCUGUGGCAUGUCCCUCCGAUUAGGUGGAGGAAUUCGCACUCCUGAAGAGUUCUGGUCUGUUUUAUCACAAGGCCGAGACGUGCAAGAGCCCGUACCGCCUGACCGGUACAACAUUCAUGGAUUCACCGACCGGCUCGGGGGAAAGAACUGCGUCAAGGCACUCAACGGCUACUUCAUUAACACGGCCGAGCUUGGCAAACUCGACGUAUCCCACUUCCAAAUGUCCAAAGACGAGCUCGCUAAAUGCGAUCCCCAGCAGCGAUUAUUGCUAGAGACUACGUAUGAGGCCCUUGCUGACGCAGGCGAGCUUGAAUACGCCGGAGCAGCCAUUGGAUGCUACGUCGGCACCUCCGCCGAGGAUUGGCUUCGGAUGAGCGCCAAAGAACUACAGCAUACCCAGGGCAACGUGCUUGGGGGUGCCGCCGAUUUUAUGUUACCCAAUAGGGUUUCUUAUCAGUUUAAUCUCAAAGGGCCGAGCUACGCGAUCAAGACAGGUUGUUCCGCAUCCCUCCUAGCACUCCAUGCAGCGUGUAAUGAUCUUCGCAACGGCAGCACUACUGGUGCAGUCGUAGGCGGUACAAGUCUGCUACUCGACCCUACCAUGACGGCACUAAUGUCAUCUGAUGGCAUUAUUUCGCCAACGGGCUCUUGCAACACCUUCGACGCCAAAGCAGACGGCUUUGCUCGAGCAGACGGUAUUGCGGUUCUCUAUAUCAAGCGUGUGAACGAUGCGGUACGAGAUGGCAAUCCUAUCAGGGCCGUCAUCAAGGGCACUGGCACCAACACUGAUGGGCGUAAUCUUGACGCGGUAGCCGGUCUCAUGCAGCCCAACGGCGAAGCCCAAGAAGCUUUGAUGCGGCAGACUUAUAGCGAUGCUGGCCUUGACCCGCAUGAAACCCGCUUUGUUGAACUUCAUGGCACCGGUACACCGGUGGGUGACCCUAUCGAAGCUACAGCUGUAGGAAGAGUCUUCGGCAGUGGUAAUGUGAAUGAAGUUUACAUAGGCUCCGUAAAACCCAAUGUUGGGCAUACUGAAGCCGCAUCGGGCCUUGUGAGCACCAUCAAGGCCGUCAUGGCCUUGGAGAAGGACCUUGUACCUCCAAACAUCAAAUUCACUGACCCCAAUCCCAACAUUCCCUUUGCCAAGUUUGGCUUGAGAGUACCCACUAAAGAGACCCCAUUUCCAGGUGGCCGGGCCAAAAGAGUUUCGGUGAACUCUUUCGGCGUCGGCGGUGCCAAUGCCCAUGUCAUUCUGGAAGCAACAAGGCGACAAGAACCGCUUCUCAAGCACACCGGCCCGCAUAUUCUCCUUUACUCUGCAAAUACGUUGCUUUCGCUACAGAGAAAUAAGCAACAAUAUGAUUCCUUUGUUCAGGAGAGUCCUGUACCAAUCGCUGACAUAGCUUACACGCUUGGUCGAUGCAGAGAGAAAAUGCCUUUUCGAGCUUUUCGAGUUGUGGAUGACACGGGAGAAAUGCUGGUAGAGAGUUUCAACAACUCCAAAGCACCUUCAGAGGGUCCAAAAGUGGUCAUGAUUUUCACUGGGCAGGGGGCACAAUGGCCUCGAAUGGGUGUGGAGCUGAUUGAAACCGACCCUCGCUUCCGGGCUGAUUUGGAACGGAUGGAUUGUAUCCUGCAGACCCUUCAGCAUGCACCUGCAUGGGAUGUUAUUAGCGAGCUGCAGAGACCGCCAGAAAGCAGUCGCGUUGGAAACGCCCUUCUCUCACAACCUUUAUGCACAAUACUACAGAUUGCUUUAUUUAACCAUUUUACACGAGCUGGCAUUAGACCUUGCGCUGUCAUUGGGCAUUCGUCAGGAGAAAUCGCAGCAGCGUAUGCUGCUCACAAGCUGUCACUUGAGGCAGCAAUUGUGCUAGCGUACUAUCGCGGUCUCACAGUCGCAAAUGCAGCCGAACUUGCUUCAUCGCCUGGGUCUAUGGCCGUUGUGAGCCUUGGGUCGAGACAGCUAUCUCCGUACUUACGAACUGGCGUGGUUAUAGCCUGCGAGAAUAGCCCUGCCAGUAGUACGAUAUCUGGGGACAAGCAACAGGUUGAUGAGGCUAUUCAUCUGGUCAAGAAAGAUCGUCCUGACGCGGACUGUCGUUUUUUGCGAGUUGAUACCGCAUAUCAUUCCCAUCAUAUGUUAGCACCUGGCCGGAAGUAUGUUCGCGUGGUCCAGCAGGAGAUGAUAGACCGCAACUGGGGUCCGGGCAAGUCGGCUCUUUCCUGCGCCCCCAACACUCGCUUUUUCUCAAGUGUCACUGGGGAACAUUGUGAAGCCUCUGCCCUUCAGGAUCCUGCAUAUUGGCAAAAGAAUCUCGUCUCACCCGUUCGCUUCGCUACGGCUGUCGCCAAUCUUCUGAAAGACCCGGAGCUGGAAGAAUGCUUAUUCUUAGAGAUCGGACCGCACGCGGCUCUUGCGGGACCUCUGCGGCAAAACUGUGUGGCUGCAGGUCAGCGGUGUGAGUUUGUCCCCUCGCUCACAAGGGGGAAAGACUCCAGGGUCUCGCUUCAUUCGGCUAUAGGAGAACUGUUUCUUCGAGGUGUAAGCCUUGACCUUUCGUUCGUCUUCCCUACAGGAAAAGCAAUUGGUGGAUUACCUCCCUAUGCCUGGGAUCACAGCAACACAUACUGGUACGAAAGCCGCUUAUCAAGAGAGUGGCGUUUCAGGAAGCAUCCGCACCACUGCCUGCUUGGAAGUCGCCUCGUGGAGUCUUCCGAUUUAGAACCGAUCUGGAGAAACAUGAUUCACAUCGAGAAUGAACCCUGGCUCUCUGAUCACAGAGUUAAAGAUGAUGUAGUCUUUCCUCUGGUCGGCUACGUUUCCAUGGCCGGCGAAGCCAUCAGACAACUGACGGGACUUGAUGACGGAUACACUAUCAAAGAUCUCGUAGUACGCACAGCCUUGGUGCUUCCGGAAUCAAGUGCUGUGGAAGUCUUGACGAGUUUGCGACAGUACAAGACGAGCGAUAUUGAUUAUCAAUCUGAAUGGUUCACUUUCAGCAUUUGCUCCCACAACGGAUCCAGUUGGAUACUCCAUUGUGAAGGCCUAGUAAAGCAUUGCAAUGAGGCAGAAAGAUUGAACAAAAUCGUUUGUCCUCGCGAGCAUCAAAGAUUGCCGAGGACGGUGAACGAGUCGCAGUUUUACAAGGCGUUGUCAAGGGCAGGUAUAACUUAUGGACCCGAGUUUCUACUGUUAAGAGAUGUGCGCUCGGCAACUACUCAUUGCGAGGCUACUGGAGAGCUCGUGCGCAAACCUAACGAGUCUUACAACCAUUUUGUGCAGCACCCUGUGCUUAUGGAUGCUUGCUUCCAGCUAGUAUUUGUAUCGUUGGCGCAGGGUCUAGGUCGAAACCUGGACAGAACUCUUAUGCCAACUAAAAUCCAAGAGCUCUACGUCAGACGCUUCCCUGAAGAUACAAGCAAUGGUCCGGCACGUGUUGCAUCUUGGGGGUCCGAGACAGACGCGUCUGUAGAAUGCAUGAUCGGGAAUUCUGUGGUCUUCUACAUCGGCGGCGCCCAAUUUUCCCAGUUGGGCGAGGGAAUACUUGGGCCAGAUGAGCCGGAUGAUGACAUAGUAGACCCGCACGCUGCAGCCAGACUUUACUGGCUCCCGGACGCUGAGUGCUUCGAUGUUGGCUCAUUGAUCCAGCCACCGAGGAAGUACGAGAGAAAGGAGGUUCUGAUGCUCGAAGAGCUGACUCUUUUAUGCAUUCUUGAAUCUGCAGAUCGAAUUCGACUGCUUGAACCUCAAAUGGGUUUUAUGGUCAAAUACAGAGAAUGGCUCCUUCGAGAUAUCGCGGCUGCUAAAAGGGGUGAGCAUCCAUUUCUCAAGAACGCGGUAACCUUGGCAACAAUGUCACCAGCCGAAAGAAGGCGCUUGCUUGACAAUGUCUACUCCUGUUUGUUGAAGAGUGAAAGGACCUCCUUGCCUAUCGCUGUCAAGCGGAUAUGCGACAACAUCGAGGACAUUACAUCCGGGAAGGGACAGGUUCUCGACGUGCUUAUGCACGACAACGAACUCACCAAGCUUUACAGCCACCUGAGCUUUGACUACGGGAAUUUUGUCAAAGUGGUAUCGCAUUGGAGGCCUACGUUACGCAUUCUUGAGGUUGGCGCGGGUACAGGGGCAACGACCGAGCUCAUAGUCAGGUCCCUCCUUGGAAGUCGACAAACCAAGGCCGGCUUGCCUUCGUACUCUACUUACACCUUUACUGACAUCUCGGCGGGCUUUUUCGCUCAGGCAAAGGAGCGGUUUUCGUAUGCUCCCAACAUGGAGUAUAAAGUCUUGGACGUCUCCCGUGACGCGCUGUCUCAAGGCUUCGAGCCUGCGUCGUACGACAUAGUUUUCGCGGCCAACGUUCUUCAUGCAACACCAUCCCUCGCAAACACGCUGACAAACCUUCGUACGGUACUGAAGCCUGGAGGUUACAUCGUCAUCACAGAACUCUGUUGUCUGAAGAGAUGUGCAGGGUAUAUAUUCGGCACUCUACCGGGCUGGUGGCUCGGCCAAGAAGACGGCAGGGAAUGGGAACCGUAUGUUCCCGUUUCUCGCUGGAAUGAAGAACUAAAAGGAGCCGGAUUUACGGGUGUUGAUACGGCGGUCUAUGACGAUGAGCAACCUUUUCAUUUCAGCGCGGCGAUUGUCUCCAGGAGGCUUGAUCCGACGCCAAGUGGUGUCACCACUCGCGGGCCAGUAGCGAUUCUUUCAGAGGUUCCAGACUCAGCUUUGACACAGAAUCUUGUCGAGUUUUUGCGAACCAUGGGAUGGGAGACAAUGGUUGCUAGCACCGAGUCUGCCGGGACUUUGCGGGGCGAUGCCGACAUUAUCUGUCUUUGGGAUCUAGAAGCCGAAUUCUUCGAAAACAUGACGGAGCACUCUUUCAAUCAAUACAAACAGCUGAUUAAAACCAUGAAGCCACGACAGAACCUUCUCUGGACCGCCAGACCUGUACAGAUAGGAUGUCUCGAUCCACGAUCUGCCCAAGGAAUAGGGGCAGCAAAGGCUGUACGGGCCGAGCUAGGUCUGAACGUUUGUACUCUCGAAAUCGAACCUUCGCAAGAAUGCUUCUCGGAGAUUGUUGAGAAGGUCUUUAGAAGAAUCCGUCGAGACUCUGAGGAAGAAAACGAAAAACUUUAUGCUGACAAGGAGUUUGCCGUCAUUGACGGUGUUGUCUGCACUGGUCGAUACCAUCCAUUCUCAGUGAAUGACGAGCUUGCGGAGGUGACGAACUCGGCCUCGGCAGCCGGAUACGCUCAGCCAUGGGAUUUGGAUGAUAAGUUAUUGACGCGGAAGCGUUUGGAUAUGGAGAGACCUGGUCGACUGGAAACACUACGAUGGGUACAAGAACCUAUUGACAGAGCACUGGACGACAACGCCGUUGAGGUUGAGCCGCGUUACGUCGGUCUCAACUUCCGUGAUGUAGUAAUUGCGAACGGGUUACUAUCCCUGCCUGAAGAGUCUCCGUCUCUGUCAGGCUUUGGCGUUGAGUGCGCUGGUGUGGUUACAAGGACCGGCCAGGCUGUUCGAGGGCUCUCGGUCGGAGAUAGGGUAAUGGCCCUUACCGCUGGCGGUUGCUUGUCUACGCGAGUUGUCAUUCCCGCGCUUCAAGUUUGCAAGAUACCUGACGCGGUGAGCUUCGAGGAGGCAGCGACUAUUCCUGCCUGCUUUGGUACCGCCUGGAAGGCCAUCUGUGAUGUUGCCUGCGUCGAGAAAGGCCAGAGCGUGCUGAUUCACUCCGCAUGCGGGGGUUUCGGUCUCGCUGCUGUGCAGAUAUGCAGAUUGUUUGACGCCGAGAUUUUCGCAACUGUCAGCUCUCCUGAAAAGAUUGACCACUUGGUUCAUGACUGCGGCAUUCCACGAAACCACAUCUUCGACUCGCGAAGUAACUCCUUUUUGGGCGGUGUUAUGCGCGAAACUGAGGGUAGAGGAGUCGAUCUCGUGCUCAACUCACUGUCUGGAGACCUCCUACAUGCUUCAUGGAAGUGCGUGGCGCCCUUUGGGAUGCUAGUGGAGUUGGGAAAAAGAGACAUCGCUGCUUCCGGUAAACUUGACAUGCUGCCAUUCUUGCAGAACCGUUCUUAUUCCUGCAUCAAUAUGGCACAAAUAGUGCGUGAGAGACCAGAGACUAUCCAACGCAUCCUAUGCAGGCUUGUCUCUCUUUUCGAGAACGGAAAGCUCACUCCGCUGGCUCCAAAACAGGUAUUUUCGCCUCUAGAAAUGCACCGGGUUUUCCUGCAUUUCCAGCAAGGCAUUCAUAUAGGCAAGCUCCUCAUACGGCUUGAGCCAGAAGACAUGGGUUUCAAAGCAGCCCCUACGUAUCGGCCUGUUAGAUUCAAACCGGACGCAGCUUAUCUACUGGUUGGUGGCUUAGGUGGGCUGGGUCGGUCCAUAGCAACGUGGCUGGCAGAAAGGGGGGCGCGACACCUAGUGUUCCUUUCGCGUUGCGCUGGAUUGACGGAUGUGAGUAAACAGGCGGUCAGAGAACUGGCUUCUAUGGGUUGCCAUGCCGUCACGGUUGCCGGGCGCGUAGACAAGGUGGAGGACGUAAAACGAGCCAUCGGAUCGGCUGAAGCUCCUAUCCGAGGUGUAUUCCAACUUGCCAUGGUUCUCAAGGAUGCUUCCAUGACCGAGAUGUCGUGGUCAGAUUGGCACGCUGUUGUUGCGCCCAAAGUUCAGGGAACAUACAAUCUCCAUAACGAACUUCUCCAUGAACCUCUUGACUUUUUCUGGAUGGCAUCUUCGCUCGUAAGCGUUAUUGAUCAGACCGGUCAGGGAAACUACGGGGCCGCAAACACCUUUUUGGAAGCCUUCAGCCAGUAUCGACGGACUCUUGGUCUGCCUGCCAGCGUCCUGAACAUUAGCCCAAUUGACGGUGUCGGAUAUAUCGCCGAGAAUCCUCAUGCGCGACGCUCCGUUGCAUUUCAGGACAUGGGUUUUGAGACAGAGAAGGCAUUUCUAGACACUCUUGAGCUGUCCAUCCUUCGCUCCAGGGUUGAUGAGGACGAAAGCCCGAGGCUAGCAAUUACAGCAAACCCGCCUAAGCCUUGGGCAGACAGGUCCCAGAUCAUCAUGGGCCUGCGAUCAACUGUCAACCUGAACGACGAGGCAGCCCGCACCAACUGGCGUUUCAACCGUCGCAUGGGUUUCUACCACAAUACCAGGCCAAAUGAUAACACCAAUGACGAGGCAUGUUUGGAAGCUGGCGCUGACCAAACCCUGAAGAAUCUUCUUUCACGUGCUUCAAGAGAUGUUUCCGUGUUGGAUGACGACUUGGAACUCGGCUUCCUUGCGAGACACAUUUCGCGCAAAGUUCUAGAUAUGACGCUGAAACCAGCCGACACACCAGUAGACGUGAGCAAGUCCACGCUGGGGCAAAUGGGUGUCGACUCGCUCAUUGCCGUGGAGCUGAGAAGGUGGUUUCGUUCAGCCUAUGGGCUGCAUUUCAGCGCACUGGAGGUGAUGCAAGCCGGCACAUUCAUGCAGGUUGGAAAGACAGUUGCGGAAAAGUUGAAGGAAAAAUAUAGUUCUAUACCUAACUGA